AUGCACUUCACCUACGGAAAGGUGGAUUGCCGUAUCACUUUGACCCGAGAUGAUGGUCUGAUUGUCAAGGCCAUGAUUGACAUUAACAAAAUGAAGACGGUCCUUGAAAAUGGCAUUUUCCUUGUAGAGGGCAACAAUGUCACCCUUCCAUAUGAUGACAUGUACCUGCAUAUCUUCCAAUACGGCAUCUACACCAAACUAACAAGCAGAAUCCUCCCUGCAUCUACAUCCAUCAUAUGGUACAAUGAGAACAGUAAGAUCACCACCUUUCGGGUGGAGCUGGAUGACAAACAAGUGUCUGUAACUUCAGGAUUUUGUGUGAAUAACGACAGGAAGAAUAUCAUUUCUGAUAGUUCUUGUUUGACAACAACUAUCACACCUGCCGAAACAACGGAUUGUGAUUAUACAUCCGAUGUUGUUACCUGUCGAGAUCUUCCCGUAGGCAGUUCUUUGAUAGAACUUUGCCUAAUGAAUAUUGUGGAUAUAAGCAAAAAAAACGAAAAGAAUGUUACCUGUUCAUAUUAUCACGAAAAUGUGCAAAGCUGUGACCAGAGCAAGUAUGACAGAGUCAAGGACUGGAGGACACAGACAGGCUGCCCACCACCAACCUGCCCUGGUAACCAACAGUUUCAGGAGUUUGGCAACCCCUUUUCACCAACGUGUUCCAAUCCCACUUUGGACACUAGCACCCAAACAAAGAUCAGCACGUGUGAAACUUAUACAUUCAGCAAGAUGAGUGUGAAAGUUGAUGGGGAAGAUAUCAAGGAUUUCCAUCAGACUGAAAAUGUGACGGCAUUCUGGCAGUCUUCCACAUAUGUUGAACUGCACACUUCAUUUGACAUGAACGUUCAAGUCCAAGAUUGCACAGAAAGCUUAUGCCAGUGCACCGGCAGUGGGCAGGAGUGUCUAUGUGUGGCCCUGGAGAGUUAUGCCAAGGCUUGUGCCAAUCAGGAUUCCCCGGUGGGUGACUGGAGGAAGGCUACAAACUGCACUAUAAAGUGCCCCAACAAUCAGAGGUUUGACUACGACACUCAGGCCUGUAAUAGUACCUGCCGGUCUCUGUCGGGCCCCGACCCAACUUGUGAGGUGGAUGACGCCCCGGUGGACGGCUGUGGGUGUCCUGAUGGCAGCUUCCGGAAUGACCAGCAGACCUGUGUUUCUCAGCCAGAAUGUGCGUGUUACUACCAGGGAAUUGUCUUCUCAGGCUCUGACCCAACUUACAUCAAAGGACAAAAAUGCACGUGUGAAAAUGAGAAACCCAGCUGCUCACCAACAGAAGAGUGUCCUUCACCAAAGAUAUAUGAACACUGCUCACAUGCAUCUGGAAGUAUGGCAGCGAGAACGUGUGAAACCCUGUACAAGCCAAAAAGUGACAUCUGUCAGGUCGGGUGUCGCUGUCCAGAUGGUCAAUACGAAGACAAUUAUGGCGCAUGUGUUACCCAGGAGAAAUGCACUUGCACAUUUGAGGGACGGACAUACAAGCCAGGAGACAAUAUAGAAUUGAAGUGCCACAGUUGCACUUGUACAAAUGGGACGUGGGACUGUAUAUCCCUGCCGUGUCCCGGGAAGUGCCAAGUGUUUGGGAACGGCUACUACCAGACGUUUGACUCCAAGUGGUACCACUUCGACGGGCACUGUCAGUACACGCUGGUUCAGGACAACUGUAAGACAAGCAACAGCACAUUCUCCAUCACCGUGGAGAGCGUUCCCUGCUGUGAUGCCGUGUAUACAUGUUCUCGCACUAUCGUGGUCAACUUCAAGGGUGAGGUUCAACUGACGUUGCAGGACAUGAAUGUGACAGAGACAAGACGCAACCCUUUGUCUACUGACAUUAGGCCCAUGUACUCUGUCCACACUGUUGGCCUGUACAUCAUUAUCUCUAGCCCAGACAUUGGGAUCGACAUCAUCUGGGACAAGAACACCAGAGUGACCGUCAUACUGGAUAAAAAAUUGGAGACAAAGGUGUGCGGUCUCUGUGGAAACUUUGAUGACAACAUGAUAAAUGAUUUGGAAACACGAGCACUAGCACUGGUGACCAGUGAGCUGGAAUUUGGGAAUAGCUGGAAAACUCACAGCCAGCCUUGUGCCGAUGCCGUCAAUGACACAUUCAUCUGUAAAAACGACUACUGUGCAACCUUGGCAGAACGUCGCUGCCAAAUCCUCCUCAGUGACUCCUUCAAAGACUGUCACCCCAAGGUGGACCCUCAUUCAUAUUAUGCAGCUUGUGUGAGGGAAUCGUGUUCCUGUGAUUUUCAAGGAAAGUUCCUGGGUUUCUGCACUGCUGUAGCAUCCUAUGCAGAAGCCUGCAGUGAGCACAGUGUCUGCAUUAGCUGGAGAACACCGGAUCUGUGCCCGGUUUUCUGUGACUACUAUAAUGAAAAGGAUGAGUGUACCUGGCACUACCAGGCCUGCGGCCCAGUAAAAACCUGUGGAAAACCUUUCCCUUUGACUGGGAAGCUGGAAGGUUGCUACCCAAAAUGUCCAGAAAAUCUGCCAUAUUUCGAUGAGAACAGAAGAAAAUGUUCCUCUUUGUCACACUGCACAUGUUACUGGAAUAAUGCUGUUAUUCUCCCCGGUGCACAAAUAAGUGCCCCAGACAUGAGCUGCUACUGUACCAAUGGAAGUGUCACAUGUAUACCUACCAAGCAACUCAUAAUUAUUACUACACCAUCUGCAAGUGGGUCAACCACAAGUAUCACUGGACCAACUACAACUUGGUCAACCACGACUAUCACCAAACCAACGACAACUGGGUCAUCCACGACUAUCACCAAACCAACCACAACUGGGUCAACCACGAGUAUCACCAAACCAACCACAACUGGGUCAUCCACGACUGUCACCAAACCAACUACAACUGGGUCAUCCACGACUAUCACCAAACCAACUACAACUGGGUCGGCCACGACUAUCACCAAACCAACUACAACUGGGUCAUCCACGACUGUCACCAAACCAACUACAACUGGGUCAUCCACGACUAUCACCAAACCAACUACAACUGGGUCAUCCACCACUAGAACUACAAUUUGCCCCCCCUGUCCAGAAACUAUGAAACCACAGUGUCCCAGAGGACUGCUAAGGAAUAUCUCUGAUGACUGCUGCAGCAGAUGGACUUGUGAUUGUAAGUGUCAUCUGAUCAACAUCUUGUCUGUCCUCGUAUUUAUCCAUCAAGUUAGACUCUAA